AUGGCGACCACUGUUGUGUUUUUGUUGCCUUUGUUUAUUUUCCCAGUUUUACGAUGUGACGAUUCAAGUACAUCACUUAAAAGUGUUAUUAACGCUGUUGAAAUAUUAAUUUCUUAUUAUAAAAGUAAUUACAUGGAAUUUAAUGUCGACGGCUUGUUUGGUUUGCGUGCUGUUGAAGGUCAUGUGAACUUAAUCUUGAAUGAAUACAAGCAGCAUCAGCACCAACAUCUUGAUAGUGACACUGUGCUAAAACUGCGGAAGAUCGUCACAGACGCAGCAUCAGUGGGAAACAAGGCUCUGGAGUUUGUGAAGAGGGACGAUGAGCAGUAUUACGACAGAUUCAAGUUUGUUGUACAUGAUCCAUGGGAUAUUUUUAAAAGACAUCGUGAAAUUGAUCCUCAUUACAAGUGGAAUGCUAAACUUUAUAGUGCAAACAGAGAAGGUUCUCUUGAUGAAUCAACCAGUGACAUGUGCAUGAGUGAGCUGACCGGUGACAAACAGACGAACAGAAAGCCGUGUUUGAUCAGUGACAAAUGUCUACAGGUGAUGACCCUCAAGGGCCGGACUGGGUAUGGCAUAACACACCAGGUGCUAUGGACAAUGCUAGCUGAAAAGGCUGGGUGUUACGGUGAAUUAAGUAAACUGCUACUGAAGAAAGGGUACAGCAGUGUUGCCGAGAUGCAGCUGGAAUUCUGCACCAACAACUAUUAUGAAAUGGUGGCGGUCGUUCACAUCUACAUGAAAGGCAACAUAACAAGUGAUUACCAGGACCUUUUUCUUGAGCAACAAUUUAUUUGUCCAAGUAUAGGGUUUUACGAGUAUCUGAAAAAAGACUACCUUACACAGAUUAUGUCUUGGCAAAAGAAUUCAGGGUGCUUUACAGACUUAAAAAGUUUAUCUCUGAAACGCGUGUUAAAAGCACAAAAAAAUCAAUUGGAGAACAGUCGCAUAAAAUUCAAACAAAACCCUCGUGCUGCUUUUGUUAACCGUCCAGCUAAUGUGAUUCAGCCAAUCAGAAAGCAAAAUGUGAUUCAACAGAUUCAGAACCAUAAGUUUAAUGUUGUGAAAAACCCACCAACAAACGUAAAGCAGGGAUUGCUCGUGAAUAACCAUGUUGAAAUGAAGUCAUUUGGCGAUGUGAAAAGGGUUGAAGGAAAGCCACAGCGGGACUAUCAGUCACACAACAGGCAGGGUAGAAGAUUACUCGUUGAGAAAUCAAUGGCAGAUGGUUGUCUGUCACAUAAGACUGCAGUGGCUGCUGGAGCUCUGGUGAUGUAUCUGCGCUAUCUGAUUGAUCCAGGAGCUCUGAACCUAACGUCCGUCCAUCUGAUUCUUCCGGAGAGUUCCAGAUCAUUGCUAGCAGAAGCCAAACUACAGGACUUCCAGAACCAGAAGGUGAAGGGUGAGGGUUUGAUCCCUGUGAGGCAGGAACUAGGGGAGGAGCUUGUCCUCAACCAGGCAGAUGACCAUGAGGCUGUGGAGGAUGGGGAAGAGGAGGCAGGUGGGAAUGCUGAGGAGCAGACGGAGGAGGAGGAGGAUGAAGAUCUUGAUGAUGCAGAUGGCAACUACAAAGAUGAGGAUGAAAUGUAUCCAGACAAGCCGGAAAAUCCCAACUUGCAUGACAAAAAAGUUGUUCGGUUCGGCAAUGACAUCAAGGCUGGUGUAGAAUUUGAGAAAAAUAAAUUUGAGGAUGAUGGUGAUGAAGAUAUUCAGGAUCAUUAUGUUGAUGGUGAUAAGGCAAAAGCCAACCAUUUUCAGGCAGGUUUAAGGGGAGGCAACCCUGAUCAGCAAGACGAAAAAGAUGAGGAAGAGUAUACAUAUUAUGAUCCACCGGAUAAGGAUCUGAAUAAGGAUGUAGACUUUGAGAAGAAGGAUGUUAACCCUUCAGUGCACAAGAAUGUUCGUAGAUAUAAGAAGAAAGUGAAUAAAGAUGAAGCACAGCAAAUUGUUUAUGGAAGUGACAAUGUUGUGAUAAAAUCGAAACCUAAUGAUAGAACUUUAUUUAUUGUAUUUGCUUCAGCAAGUUUAGUCAUUAUUUUUUUAAUGUAUAGAUUUAUCAAAAAAAGAAGAAUACAUCUUCGGUUCCUUCCUCGUAAAUUAUUUAAAUUAUAAACAGUAUUUUUUCCAAAAGGAUCUGUGUAAAUUGUAUAUAUAACUGUACACAUACUUUCUCCCCUUCAGAGAUUAUUAAUAAUUUAUUAUAACACAACAGCUUUAUUAGUCCUGUAUUAUAUUUGAGUUCGAUUUAGUCAAAGUGUUAUUUCAAACUGCUGUUAAAAUUAAAGCAACAUCUGAAAUUCUGUAUGCAGACUUGUAAGAGAAAUAGAAACAAAUUGUAAGAGAAAUGUUUAGAUUUUUGGGUGAGGGCAAAAAUAAUAAUAAACUGAACAAUGAUUAGUCUUGAAAAUAGAUGACUGCAAGUUGCUCUGGGAAUUGUGGAGCAUGGUUUCAUAUUAAAGUUUUGAAUCAUGGAUGCUGUUAGCCAAUUUUGGGACAUUUAAUUACAGUUUUUAAAAAUUAUUUUAAGAUUAGUAAAAUGAGUGCAUAUCUAUGUACAAGUUGAAAUAGAGUAUGCAUUAGUUCUGUCCCGAACAACAAAAGAAAUGUGAAAUGUCUUUUAAAUUAUUUUAAAUUAUUCAGUUUGAAUCUCAAUAGUUUUUGUCAGUUAAUAAAAUUUGAUGUUUUGAGAAUAUUUUAUGUCCAAUUUGACGAUCUGUGUACCAAAUUAAUUUUAUCAUUAAAAAAAACCCCAUGUAUUAAAAGGACAUACCCUAGUUUUUAAACACUACAGCAUAUUUUUCACUAUAAGAGUCGUUUAUGAUCACUGAAAUCAA